GACGGAUCUAUGGCCUGCAGCGCGGCAGUACCUCAGUGCGCUGAAGCUCUGAACCUCUGUGCGUCCCACUGUGCGGCCAGGGGCCUAGGCCGAAGCGCGAGUCCCGCCGCCCACGCGCCCGCAGCGCUCCUAAUUCCGCGGGCCAUGCUCCGGGUCGUGAUUCGGGUCCCUGCUGAAAGAGAAAACCACAGGAAGAGAUUACGUGUCGACGCCACAGACAAGGCUUUUUUUUUUUUCCCUCGCCCGCGUCCCCACGUGCGACAAUACUGUAAUGUGCAAGGCAAAUUAUUGUCCCCCGGGAGACGAGCGGUGCCGUCCCCGGCGGCUUUUUCUUUAAAGGGGAAGACUUCUCGCGUUUUCUCUCGUGUUUUGGCUCGUCUCUGUCAUUCCGUAUCACUCCAAAGCUUCCAAAAAGACUCAUCUGCAACAAGUAACUACCCUCGCCAAUACAAUACCCCCCCCCCCCCCCCCCCCCAAAAAAAAAAAUUAUCCGAAAAGCUCUCGACCUUCAAGAUGCAAAUCAAGACCUCACUCCUUCUCUCGGCCUUGCUCGGCUUGGGCAUGGCCAAGGACGUCGUCAGCACCAGCAGCCUCCCAACAGGAACGGCUACAGCCCUUGCGCUCUCGUCGGCAUCAUCUUCUGCCUCCACCACUUUUUCCAGGGCUUCCAACUCCACAACCCUGAUCAGGAGCGUCUUCAGCAACAGCACCAUCACGACUAGGUACAGCAACAGCACCACCACCAGCAGUACGCCGGCCACAAUCUCGGUCGGGCCCACCACCACGCCCGCCCUGCCUCCCACCACCACCUCGGCCGCUGCCACAACUACCAGGUCGAGCGGAGCCGGUCGGUCCGACUUCGGAGUCGCUAUCCUCGGCCUCGCCAUGGCUGCCAACCUAGCCAUCUAGGGUGGUCAAUUCCAGGUGAAGAAAGGGACGGGGUGGUGUUUGUGCAUUGCGAGCCACUGGGCUGCCGGGGGGAACCGAGAAUCUUUUCUCCCUCUGGGCGCAUUGUUGAACGGGAUAUAAACAUGACAUGUUGAAUAUAGAGAUGCCGAGAAGUUGAACUGGCAUCCCUCACCUAUACA